UGUCGGAUGAUGGGCCACGCAGCAGCAUCCAAAGAAAUACUCUUCUUUUUCUUGGUAACGUGCAUCUACAUGACGUACGGAAUACUAAUGAAAAAUCCAACAAAAUUGCCGUCCAUCGUGCAUAGUUAUUUACCACCACCUCGAAGUGUUCCCGUUUCAAUGAGUACUUCGAGUAGCAGCAGCAGUAGCAGCAACAUUGUAUAUGCCAAUCACAAAUAUGACGUUGUCGAUGAACCCGAAGAAAUUGCUGACAAACGAAGAGGUCAUCAUUUAUUAGAAACUAGUUAUUUGUAUCCAGAUUCUAGACCAAUAACGGUGUCACUUCCGUUUAAGGACGAGAUUGUUCAAACGUUCGAUAAAGCUGACAAGAUAAACAGUUUAAAUCGGAAUCGAAAUCGCGAAAGUUUUGAAACAUCGAGGAACGAAAAGUUAUUUGAAAUCACGACGAAGAAUACAAAUCCCCUAGAACAACGUCGUCAUCUUAUUCCCAUAAGUUCGCAGUACAAAGUUAAAGAGGUAUCAGAAAAGGAAGCUGAUGAUGAUGAAGAAGAAGAAGAAGAAGAAGAAGAAGAAGAAAACUCAUCAAUCGGUCAACAAAAAUCGUAUCAUGGAAAAAAUGUCGAUCAGUUGACUAAGCUGACACUAAACGGUGAUAGCUACAACAACGAUUUACAUCCACCUACCAAUCCUGUUUUGGCUUUGAUACUGUCCCGAUACGGAAAAUACGUGUCUGGUCUACGAAAUCCUCGUUUAUAUUCCUACAUGGCGGUAAAUAAUAUCCAUAACAAUAGACCCUUCGGACAGUAUAAACAGGAAUGCGAAGAGGAACCGAGAUAA